UUUGAGCAUGCGUUGAAAUGCCACAGUGCCCGUGUGCCGUCUGUAUAUCCGUGUGUCGCUAUAUAAUAGGGGAAAUUCGUUCCACUUGUCUCCUGCUCAUCAUAUAAGCCAGUCUAGCCAGAAGACUCUAGCGAAGGUGUUUGGUCAGAGAAAGUCGCUAUUUCUGUAUGUACCCUCGGUAGUGCUGAAGUAGGACACUCCAGGUGCCGCGAAAGAACAAACGGGGAAAUAACAGAAGAGGACAACGAUUUUCUUUCUUCCCGAAAAGGUUGAACCCCUCACACAGAUGCUUCCGGCCGACCUGAUUGGUGGGAGUGAUGUGUGAACUAGAUGACCUGUCUGGACAAUCAGCGGAGCAUGAGAGUGUACUGACAGCCAGAGCAGCUGUGUUUCUACCAGAGCGUGAGAGGGACUGGAGGAGAGGAACAGAGCCAGAGGGAGACGAGGAGGACGAGGACGAGGACGAGGCAGAGGAGCAAAGGGGAGGAAUGGGUGUUGGUAAAAACACCACCUCCAAAUCCAUGGACUCCAGCACAGAGCCUGGCAAAUAUGAGGAGGAGAACAAACACAGUGCACACUUCUAUCCCAUCCCAGUGGUUAAUGGUGCCGUGCAGACCCCUGGAGAUCAGGACGCAGAGGACACGCAGCUCAUGGCCAUUUAUGCAAAAGACAGCCAGACUGAGGACAAAUGCUCCAUAUCAGAGACUGUGGACAGUGCAGACAGCAUUGAUGCCAGGAGAAUGGACAUGAUAUACACCAUAGAGGACACACCACCUUGGUACCUGUGUGUGUUCCUAGGUUUACAGCACUACCUUACCUGCUUCAGUGGAACUAUCGCUGUGCCCUUCCUGCUUGCUGAAGCCAUGUGUGUGGGAUAUGACCAAUGGGCAACCAGUCAGCUGAUUGGCACUAUUUUCUUCUGUGUGGGCAUCACCACCCUGCUGCAGACUACUCUUGGCUGCCGGCUUCCAUUGUUCCAGGCUAGUGCUUUUGCUUUUCUAGCCCCAGCAAGAGCCAUCCUUUCACUGGAUAAGUGGAAAUGUAACGCAACAGCUGUUCCUCUAUUGAAUGCCACCGAGCUGCCACACACAGAAGACAUCUGGUACCCCAGGAUACGAGAGAUCCAGGGUGCUAUAAUCGUCUCGUCUCUAAUAGAGGUGAUCAUAGGGGCCUUAGGUUUGCCAGGUAUCCUGUUGAAGUACAUCGGCCCGCUCACCAUCACUCCUACUGUCACUCUCAUUGGGCUCUCGGGCUUCCAGGCGGCUGGAGAGAGAGCAGGCAAACACUGGGGCAUAGCCAUGCUAACCAUAUUCCUGGUGCUGCUGUUCUCUCAGUAUGCGCGUAACAUCCAGUUGCCGCUCCCAAUCUACAAAUACAAAAAAGGCUGGACGUCUUAUCGCCUGCAGCUGUUCAAGAUGUUCCCAAUCAUCAUGGCUAUCCUUGUGUCAUGGUUUCUGUGUUUCAUCUUCACGGUGACUGAUGUGUUUCCUCCUGAGAAGGACAAAUAUGGCUUCUACGCCCGAACAGACGCCCGACAGGGCAUCCUGGCAGCCGCCCCCUGGUUUAAGAUACCCUACCCCUUCCAGUGGGGGAUGCCCACAGUGACAGCAGCAGGGGUGAUUGGGAUGUUGAGUGCUGUAGUUGCCAGCAUCAUCGAGUCCAUUGGAGACUAUUACGCCUGUGCCCGUCUCUCCUGUGCCCCGCCUCCACCUAUACAUGCCAUUAACAGAGGGAUCUUCAUGGAGGGUCUUUCCUGUGUUCUCGAUGGCAUCUUCGGGACAGGAAAUGGCUCCACAUCUUCUAGCCCAAAUAUUGGAGUGCUGGGCAUCACCAAAGUGGGGAGUAGGCGAGUAAUUCAGUAUGGCGCGGCACUGAUGCUGUUACUAGGAAUGGUGGGUAAAUUCAGCGCUCUCUUCGCAUCACUGCCAGACCCAGUUCUGGGGGCGCUGUUCUGCACUCUAUUCGGCAUGAUCACCGCCGUUGGCCUUUCCAAUCUACAAUUUGUGGAUCUCAACUCAUCCCGCAAUCUGUUCGUCCUUGGCUUCUCCAUCUUCUUUGGCCUGGUCCUGCCCAGCUACCUCAAAGAGAACCCGCUAGUCACUGGUAUAGUGCAGAUAGAUCAGGUGCUGAACGUUCUGCUCACGACUGCCAUGUUUGUAGGAGGUUCAGUGGCGUUUGUGCUGGAUAAUACUAUUCCUGGCACCCCGGAGGAAAGGGGCAUACGCAAGAUGAAUCGUGGAAGCGGUGUAUCUAAACGGGAGAGAAUGGAGUCUUACGACCUUCCCUUUGGUAUGGACUUCCUGCGGCGCCAUCGCAUUUUCCAGUACCUCCCAAUCAGCCCCACAUUCGCUGGCUACCCAUGGAGCGUCCUCACCCACAGAUGCCAUGAGCGCCACGACAGGAGAGAGGAUGACAUACCAACAAAGCCAGAACUGGGAGAAAGUGGGGUAUAGUGUAGGUUUUUAGAUCGUAGUCACAAUGCUCCAUUCCACCCAGUCAGUGCAAUCUUCAGUCCAGUCCUUUACUAAACAUCCAGCGAUUUAAACUCUUUUAUCCCACAAUCCUUUAAAACUCUGUAUCCUUUUUGAUUGACUCAUCAAGGUUUUCCAAAGUUGGUUUCUAGCUGUGAACACGGCUUCUAAAAACUUUGACAGCACAGCAGCUUUGGCAUUGAUCUGAAAGUCUCUCCAUGAGAACCGCGAGUGGAUACAAUUCAGGUUGUACUUGUUCAUCUCUCUCUGUGUGGGAGGACAUGUGUACAGAGACUGAGAAAUCACUAUAUAUUAUCUACUGGAUUUCCAAUAUCAGUGUUGCUUUUUUUUUUCGACCUGCACUGCUCCGUCUGCACAAAGCGUCCUUUCGUAGAUAAUUGGGUGUUUGAAUUUAAACGAGGCACUAAUGAGUGCUAUCACACACUUUCACAUUCAAUACACACACAAAGACAUGCUCACACUCGCAUUAUGCAUGGAGCAGUUCCGGAUCCCCGUUGAAGAUAGAGGAUCGUUAAGGUUUACAUAGUGAUGCAAGGUUAUUGUGCUUUAUGUUUGAAUUGCAUUGCUUGAAUUAACGCACAAAAUGUAGUUUGCUUGUUCCUACUUUAACUUCUAGUCUUGCUUCCAAAUCGUAAGUUAGCUGCUAUUUUGAUUAAAAGCUCUUAAGCUUCUUAAAUACUGUUAUUUGACACCUUGAAAUUGUAGUGGUUGCACGUUUUGGAGGCAGAUAGCUAUGCAGUAGGUAAAAUUAGACGAAAAUCGAAUGUACUGUCAGUGCAUGGCUUCAAAAGAGGGAAGACUGGAAGGGAAAAACUUGAGAAUAGUUGCACUCAGGCAGUCCCAUUGAAAGACGUGGGGAAAUGAUUGCGAUUGAGUCGACUGAACCCUCCUUUUGGCUCAACCACAGUUUUGUUUGAUGUAGGUGGCACUUCCUCACUGCUGGUUAAGUGAAAGUGGUUUAUAAUGUAGAUUCCCACAAGCACUUCAGAUGUGGUUUGUUUUUGAACACCAAGAGGAUGGGUGGCAUUUAGUGGGCAAUCAUUGACAGGUUCUUCAGCUGUACAAAUCCUAUUAUACUGUAUUAUCACAAUCAGUUUCUGAUCAUUAGUAUUUAGUUGUAACUAUAAAUUCACAUUUCCCAUCUUUGGUUUACAGAAAUUUUGUGAUCUUUACUGUAACAACAUGUACAAUACAAAGCAUUUUUUUUUUUUUUUUUUUUUUUUUUUAUAGCAUUGAAACCAAUAUUUGAUCAUUGGAGACUCUAUUGUCAUGGAAGGGUGACUUCAGUGGCCCUCUUAAUAUAGUACUGUGCAGUUGUGCUUUAACCUGAUAUGUGAUAAUCUCACUUAGAGCUCCAUCUGACGGUGGUAUUUGUACUUGUAAUUUAUUUAUUUAUAUAUACUACAUCUACUAUCUUUGUGCAAACCAUUUGCUGCCUGUAAGCAGGAAAUGGAAGAUGCAGUUCUCCACUCUAAAGUUUGAUUUGAAAUGCACACACAAGGUGUGUGUGUGUGUGUGUUGCAGCUGAGAAAUUGCAGUUUUAUACUACCACAUUCUUGACAUUUACGACAUAACUGGUGCUUCCUCAGUGAGUCAUUCCAACUAACAUGUUUGAGAUGUUUUUUUCUCUCUCUCUUUCUAGCUGACCUGUAAUACAGCUCGAUGUUGGAUUUGUGUUGUAUUAGUCUUUACCCGAAACCCUAAUUAUGCAAGGAGCAUUUCACUUAGUAACACAAUGUUACAACUCUUACUUUGUUUUCAGCCUUAUUUACACAUUUAAAAAGAACUUCUGUGCAUUAUAGCAGGACAGAACAGAUGACAGAGUGUUUUUAAUGUGUUUGGGAAUGUUUAAAUGAGUGGAAUGAGAUCUACAGUUCAAAUCAAUGAGAGUCAAAACACAAAUAAUGUCUAAAGAAUUCAUUACUAUUACACUUAGUGUUCCUAAAAUAAUCUUCUAAAACGUUCAGCACUCUAAAGUGUGUUAUAAUGAUUCCAAAGUAAAUGCAAGUGAGAAAGUGUGCAGUUUGCCACUAAAUCUUCUCCCAUUCUCACCGCUAGUGCUUACAGUGGUGUCAGUUCUCAUCUCCUCGAACUUUUAUCCUUAAAUAGUUUAUUGAAAUGUUAUUGUAUGACAUCUUAUGAAGACCUUUCACAUCCUGAGGUGUAUAAUUGUCUGUCAGUCAUAAAGUGUUCUAUGGCAGUGACAUGCAUAAAUAUUUGUCAAGUGAUGGGGAUUACUGAAAACAUAUAUAUAAUAUAAUAAUAAUAAUAAAAAAGGUAGAUUUGUUGAUGCGAAAUAUGGUGAUGAAUAUGAGAACAUUUUGGAAAUAGAUGCUCUUGUGCUGAACUUCAGUAUCCACUGAUGUAAAGUUUGUGAUGGGUCCUAAUAACAUGGUGGCAUGUGAUUUCAAAGAAAAUAAGCCCUUCAGUUAUUUUGAAGGGGAUAUAUCUGAAGAAUAUGCUUAGUUUCUCUGAAUCAUAAUAUGUUUUCUAUAUAUAUAUAUAUAUAUAUAUAUAUAUAUAUAUAGUUUUUACAGACAAGAUGUUGGGGGGAAAGUGCUUAUCUUAAAUCAUCAUGCUGCAAAGCGCACCAAUUUGUUACAUUUUUAUUUGAGUAAAACUAAUUUUCUUUUUUGUUGUAUUUUUUAAUCUUAAGUUUGUUUGAAUAUUUUUGUUAACUUGACUGUUUUCAUAUUGUAUUUUUCUAACAUUACUUCCUGUUCAUGUUAAAAGUAGUACAAAAAAAUUUAAAUAGAAAAAGGUGCAAUGCAUUGAGACUAUUAUAAAUAUAUGAAAAUAUAUAUAUUUAGGGCAGAAUGUGCUAUAUUCUUGGACCAGCCAUUGCAGCUCCUGUAAGUAGAAACAGCAGAAAUUGUUUUGUUCCAUGUCCCUAAAGAUAUUUAAUAAGAUGUUUCUGAACAAAACAUAUUGUCUUGUGUCUUUUUGCAUGUUUUUGUUUUCAUGUGUGUAUCAAGGUUCCCCAAAUAAAACAGUAUAUAUCAGGUAUUUAAAAAGGAAAUAUGAAUAAUAAUAAUUAUAACUUCUUAUAAAUAACAUUUUAUAAAUAAUUAUUUUAAUAAUUAUUCAAACAAAUCAAAUACCAUUGUUGUCUAUUCCUGCAUCCUUGACUGUUUUCAGGGUCAGGUUAUAGCGCUAUCUGAGGGGGAAAUAAUAAAACUUUAACAUUUCAAAUGAAUGGAUUUUUUUCUGAAUCGUGGUCUAGUUAUGUAUGCAAGGUGACAGUAAAAUUUUGGUCUGAUCUGUUAAACUCAUCAAGUAUAUCAGGUUACACAUAUCUGUUUUUCACCUCUGCUUCUCCCCCAUCAACCGUGUGUGUGUGUCUGUGUGUGGUGACCGUAACCAUCGGAGUUAACAUGAUUAAGCACGCCACUCAACCAGACUCAGUUAAUAGAUGCCGUCUUAGUGGAUGCAGAGAGAAGAAAGUGAAGAGAUGCUGUCAACAACACCAGGUCUAUUCUUUAUGGUCCCUUUUUGAAUAUUAAUAAAGGACACAGUUAAUCAAGUAAUCAAAUAAUAUGAUAAAUGAUAGACCUACAAGAAGUGUCUCAUGGUGAAGAUGUCUACAGAACAAAUCUAACAAAA